AUGGAGGUGAAGCAGGAGGUGAUGGAGGUGAAGCUGGAGGUGAUGGAGGUGAAGCAGGAGGUGAUGAAGGUUAAGCAGGAGGUGAUGGAGGAGAAGCAGGAGGUGAUGGAGGUGAAGCAGGAGGUGAUGGAGGUGAAGCAGGAGGUGAAGAAGGAGGUGAUGAAGGUGAAGCAGGAGUUGAUGGAGGUGAAGCAGGAGGUGAUGGAGGUGAUGGAGGUGAAGCAGGAGAUAAUGGAGGUGAAGCAGGAGGUGAUGGAGGUGAUGGAGGUAAAGCAGGAGGUGAUGGAGGUGAAGCAGGAGGUGAUGGAGGUGAAGCAGGAGGUGAUGGAGGUGAAGCAGGCGGUGAUGGAGGUGAAGAAGGAGGUGAUGGAGGUGAAGCAGGAGUUGAUGGAGGUGAAGCAGGAGGUGAUGGAGGUGAUGGAGGUGAAGCAGGAGAUAAUGGAGGUGAAGCAGGAGGUGAUGGAGGUGAAGCAGGAGGUGAUGGAGGUGAAGCAGGAGGUGAUGGAGGUGAAGCAGGAGGGGAUGGAGUUGAUGGAGGUGAAGCAGGAGGUGAUAGAGGAGAAGCAGGAGGUGAUGGAGGUGAAGCAGGAAGUGAUGAAGGUGAAGCAGGAGGUGAUGGAGGUGAAGCAGGAGGUGAUGGAGGUGAAGCUGGAGGUGAAGCAGGAGGUGAUGGAGGUGAAGCAGGAGGUGAUGAAGGUGAUGGAGGUGAAGCAGAAGGUGAUGGAGGUGAAGCAGGAGAUGAUGGAGGUGAAGCAGGAGGUGAUGGAGGUGAAACAGGAGGUGAAGCAGGAGGUGAUGGAGGUGAAGCAGGAGGUGAUGGAGGUGAUGAAGGUGAUGGAGGUGAAGCAGAAGGUGAUGGAGGUGAAGCAGGAGAUGAUGGAGGUGAAGCAGGAGGUGAUGGAGGUGAAACAGGAGGUGAAGCAGGAGGUGAUGGAGGUGAUGGAGGUGAAGCAGGAGGUGAUGGAGGUGAAGCAGGAGGUGAUGGAGGACCAAGAGGCAGGAGCUUCAGGACCAGAUCAAUCCCUGAAACUCUGGAUGAAAAUGGCCGACCUCACAGAGAAACAGAAAAUACCACAAGAAGAAGAAAAGCUGACUCAAGCUUUGCAGGAUCUGAAGUUAAAGCCUGAUUCUCUGGAGUCAGUUAAACUCACAUCUCUCUCAGUUCAGGAGGAUGGAUCCAGAGCUUCUCCAAUGAAGCGCAGUGACAGCUGUUUGUUUUUGCCACCUGACAUGUCUGAGCUGUCUGUAGUUCUUCUGGGAAACAGCAGCAGUCUGAAGAUCACAGCGGGAGACUUACUAUUGGGAGAAACAAAGUUCAGUCUGGAAACUCUCAAUGAUUGUGAAAAACACAGUGGGACAUUUAAGGACAAACCAGUGAAUGUGAUCUCCACUCCAGAACAACUGCUCACUACAACCUCAGAACCAGAACAGAUGAUACAAGAGAUUAAAGAUCAGAGUUGUCCUGGUCCUCAUGUGUUCCUGAUGGUUCUAAAGCCUGAAGACUUCAGUGAGGAAAAGAAAACCAGACUAGAGUCAAUCCUGGAGAGUCUCAGUGAGGAGGCCUUUCAACGGUCACUGGUGCUGAUGUUCACAGAAGAACUAUCCUCUGCGAAGAAAUACAUGAAAGUGCCACAUGUUAAGGACCUGAUCAUCAGAUGUAGAUACAGAUAUAUGUGGAUGGAACACACUUCCUUUGAUCUAUCUCAUCCUGAUUUAGAGUUUAGACGUAAAGAGCUGUUUUCCAGAAUCAGUGACCUGUUGAAGAAGAACCCUGCCGAUGGUCUGGACCCUGAGUGUUCUGAAGGAGACACAGAUGUGACUGAGCAGAAAGUCUCUGUGAACCUGGUGCUGUUUGGAAGCUCAGCUUUGAAGACCUCAGCAGCAGAGUUCAUUGGAAGGCGAGAGGACCUCUGUGCAACCAUCAGCCCAGAACCAUGUGAGGAACACCAGGGGGUUAGGGUUAGAGGGAGUGGGCUGUGUCUGCUGGAGCUGCCAUCUCUGUCUGGAAAACCUCUGGAGACCAUGAUGGAGCAGUGUCUCCACUGCCUCUCCCUCUGUGGUCCUCAGGGCGUCCAUGCCUUCAUCCUGGUGCUACCUCAGGGUCCCCUCACUGACGAGGACAAAGAAGAGCUGUGGAGGCUCCAGGACACACUCAGCCCUAAGGUUCUUCCUUACACUAUGGUUCUGUUCACUGGGGACUCAGACCUCACUGCUCCAGAGAAGGUUCUCUUUGACCAAGGAGACAUCCCAGCUCUAACAGUCGACCUGAAGAACCAGGAGCAGGUCUCUGAGCUGCUGCAGUCUGUGGACACUUUAAUGAAGAAGAACCAACCUCACGGCUUCACCACCGAGACUCUGGUCCGAGGACAGAGUGAGAUCAUACGUGACCAGAAGGGAGAAAGAGAGAAAAGACCAGAAACAGGGGAAGGAGAAUGUUUAAGGAUUACUCUGAUCGGGAAAACUGGAACUGGAAAGAGCUCCUCUGGAAACACCAUUUUGGGAGAAGACAGAUUUUUAACCAAACCAAGUCCAGCUGCAGUCACUAAAGUUUGUCAGAAAGAAGAAACUACAGUUGACGGACGCCGUGUUGUCGUAGUGGACACUCCAGGACUGUUUGAUGAAAACUUGUCUCAUAGUGAGGUGGAUGUGGAGAGGCUGAGGUGUGUGAGUCUGCUGGCUCCUGGACCCCACGUCUUUCUGUUGGUGUUAAAGUUAGACAGAUUCACAGAAGAAGACAUAAAGACUGUUGAACUCAUCAAACAGGAGUUUGGUGAAGGUGUAGGAAAGUUUAUGAUAAUUCUCUUCACACACGGAGAUAAGCUGGAGCGUAGUAACACCUCUAUACAGGAGUUCAUCAAAGAAACCAUUGAACCCUUUAAGCAGCUGCUUGGGCAGUGUGGAGGCAGAUACCAUGUGUUUAACAACUAUAAGAUUAAAAACCGUGAUCAGGUCAAAGAGCUGCUUAACACCAUUGACCUCAUGGUGAAAGAGAAUAAUGGAGAGUGUUACACCAGUGACAUGCUGCUACAGGCUGAAGCAAAUACUAAGAGACAGAUGAUGAGGGAGAAGGAGGAGCUCAGGGAGAAGAUGGAGAGAGAGAAGGAGGAGCUCAGGGAGAAGAUGGAGAGAGAGAAGGAGGGGCUGAUGGAGAAGGUGGAGAAGAUGAAGGAGCUCAGGGAGAAGAUGGAGAGAGAGAAGGAGGAGCUCAGGGAGACGUUGGAGAGAGAGAAGGAGGAGCUGAUGGAGAAGGUGGAGAAGAUGAAGGAGCUGAUGUAG